AUGCUCACGGGGAUUGUCGUGGAGAGCACCCCCCCUCCUCCCCCCCUGCCCCUCCCGGUCAGCAUCGGGCAGGACCUCGAGAUCGUGACGUACCACAUUCAGUCCCUCGUCAUUUCCCGUUACGCCGUCACCACCGUCACCUGCAGGAUCCGUAACCCAGCUCUCGACCCUCAGGAGGCCACCUUCAGCAUCCUCCUGCCGGUCAACGCGUUCAUCUCCAACCUCACCAUAGAAGCUGGAGGGCGUAACUACACGAGUCUGGUGAGGGAGAAGGAGGAGGCGAGAAGAACGUACGAGAAGGCCAAGUUCCGGGGACAGAACACCGCCAUCGUUCAUCAGAAGAACUGCUGGAGCGACGGCUGGGCGUGUACUCCCACAAGAUCAACGUCCAUCCGGGAUACCCAGUCUUGGAUAUGUUGGUGGAUGUUACUAUCCACGAGACGAGGGAUAUCAGUGUCCUGUCUGUGAAGAAGGUACCGGGAGGAAAUUCCUUCAGGGAUGCUGUGACGGAAUGGCGAGAAGGGGGAAAGACGGCCCGACUGCAGUACGACCCCGGCCGAGAGUUGAUGCCCAAGGACGGGGUCAUCCACGGUCAGCUGGAAGUGCAUUACGAUGUCCAGAGAGCUCUCGAUGACAUUCAGUAA